UUUGUUGAACUCGUACCAGUGACACUGAGAUAGCACCAUGGAGAAUAUUGCCUGUUCACGCUUUUCUCUCUUGGUUUUUGUCUUUUGUGCGACUAUAAGCAUGACUGUAGCAACUACUGUACCCUCGGGUUUUAUAUUAGACGUGAAAGUAGAAUGUGGAGCGACUUCGACUGCAAUUCCGAAAAUUGUAGUGGUUUCUGAUUUGGCACUGGAAGUUGAGGCGUUUUGUGAAAAUGGCAAAAAGACUGUCCUCUCUACUGAUGGUGCCAAUUACAUCAUAAAUGGUAGCUAUACAACUAUUUCUACAGAUGACUGUCAAUUUACGAAUCGAGAUAAAAGUUCCAUAUACACAGCCGAUGUGAGUGUGGCUUACGGGUUAGUCGGUAGCACUAUUCAACAAUCUCCUCAAUUCUACACUCUGACCUGUACAUUCGAUCAAAAUGGUAAAGAGGAAACUGAAGCUGUAACUGUCGUAAGAGGAUUUUAUGCUCCAGUUGAAUUACGAGUUGAUGCUGGAGCGAAGGCUGCAUCCAUUAUAGCAUUGGAUGUUUACAAUGUACGAGAUGAGGUCGUCACCGGGGACAUCAUUAGAGGGUGCAAGGUUUAUAUUGGAGCUACUACCGAUGCAACCGAUUCUGAAGUUGGAUUGAGACCAACCGCCUGUGAUGCUAUUAAUCCGUCCACCAGCCAAAGACUACCUAUAUUAAGAGCCGGAUGUGGUACUGGUUUAAUUCUUCCCAAGGACUCUGGAUUUACCACAGAUGGUUUAUCUACACAGAGCCCUUAUUUUGAAGCCAUCGAAUUUGAAGAUGAAGCCAAGAUACAAUUUGAAUGUGUAUUUACUCUUUGUGAAAGUAACUGCGAUGGGGAUUCUUGUUCCAUAGCCAGCAAAAAGAAGAGAUCAGCAGUUGAGAAUUUCCUGGGUGCAGUUGUUCGUUCCAAACCAUCCAAUAUUAAACCACUUGUACUUUGAAAAUAAAUUAGUUUUAAUAUUUUAUUUUAUUACUCACCC